AUGCCUUCUUUCAACGCCCUUAGCACGGCGCUCCUGGCCUGCGCCGGAAGUGCUGUUGCUACUCAGUUUACCUUGGCCGAUACUUACGACCACACCAACUUCUUCCAGAAGUUUACUUUCACCGACGAACCCGACACCAACUCUGGCUUCGUGGUUUACCAGAACCUCGCCAAUGCUCAGGCACAAGGCUUGGCAAAGAUCACCAGCAACAACGAAGUCUACCUCGGAGUCGACCACCAGACCGUCCUUAAGGGUUCCGGCUUCGCUGGCCGUAACUCCAUCAGACUCGAGUCCACAGCCUCUUACAAGCACGGCCUCAUCGUUGCCCGAUUCUCUCAUCUGCCCGCCAACAAGUGCGGUAGCUGGCCCUCUUUCUGGACUCUUGGUGACAACUGGCCCAGUGGUGGAGAGAUCGACGUGUACGAGGGCUGGAAUAACAUCCUCGACAACCAGCCUGCCUUCCACGUUGGCAGCUCGAGCCAAUUUGGCCAGUGUACCCUCCAGAGUGCCGGCCAGUCGGCUCCCGUUGUUACCCCCAACUGUGACAACACUUUCCAGAGCCCCCCUAGCCAGUACUUGAACCAGGGUUGCACCACCACCGACAGCACCGGUCCCUGGGCUUCUCCCAGCGGUGGUACCUAUGCCAUCGAGUGGACCAGCGACUACAUCAAGCUGUACAACUGGGCCCGAGGUGCUGAGCCUGCCAACCUGGCUUCAUCCAACCCUGAUACCGCUACCUGGGGCACUCCCGUGGCCAACCUGGCAAACUCCAACUGCAACAUCGACAGCCACUUCGCCAACCAGCGCCUCAUCCUCGACAUCGACUUCUGCGGUAACCCCGUUGGCACUCCCGCCUUCUGGCAGCAGAGCUGCGCUGCCACCACUGGCCAGGGCACUUGCGCUGAUUACGUCUCCAAGUUCCCUGGUGAUUUCGCCGAGUCCUACUUCCAGAUCCAGGACAUUCGCUACUUCAGCCAGAGCACCGCCAAGCCUACUACUUCCAAGGCUGUUAGCUCCAAGGCCACCAGCUCCAAGGCUGUUGUCUCUACCUCCAAGGCCGCUGCUACUUCCAAGGCCGCCUCAUCCUCUGCUGUUGUCGUUCCCACCUCUGCCAUCUCCAGCCAGUCUGCCGCCGCUGGCUCCUCCGCCCCUGCCGUGACCGGUACCAUCGUCGCCACCAGCCGAUGGAGCAACUCUUCCGUCACUGCUACCGGUGCCGGCUCUGCCAUCUCUUCCGCUCCUCAGCUGACCACUUCGACUGUCUUCACCACUUCCGUCCACACUAUCUCUCAAUGCCCUCCUGAGGUUACUAACUGCCCGCUCCGCCCCACCGUCACCACUGAGACCAUUGCUCUGUACACGACCGUCUGCCCCGUCCAGGAAGCUGAGUCCAGCUCUGAGCUGGCUGCCCACACUACCGCGGCUCCUCCUCCUCCUGCUGGCUCAGCUGGUGUUCCUAGCGGUCCUGAGACCAUCACCACCGACAUCACCGUCGUUCACACCAUCACCAGCUGCGCCGCCGACAUCACCAACUGCCCUGCUCGCACUUCCACUGAGGUUGUCCGCACUACUUUCCCUGCUGGCCAGCAGACUGGUGUCCCUGUGGCGCCCUCUUCUCCUGUCGGUCCCGCCGUUCCCAUCGCUCCCGCUGGAUCUCCUAGCAAUGCUCCCGGCAGCGCUCCCAGCAACGCUCCCGGCAACGCUCCCGGCAACGCUCCUGGUAACGCUCCUGGUAACGCUCCCGGCAAUGCUCCUGGCAACGCUCCCAGCAUUGUCCCCGUUGUCCCCGUUGGUGCUCCUUCCAACGUUCCCAGCGCCCCGGGAUCAGGUCCCGUCAACACUUGGGCAUCCAGCAUCGUCGGUGUGCCCACUCCUGUAGGCACUGGCGGCAGCUCUGCUGCUACCGGUCAGCCCCCCGUCCCUGUUUCCAGCGGCCUGGGUGGCUGCACUGGCGCUGAUUGUCUCCCUCCCGUGGGCAGCGGCGCUGAGCGCACUGGCUUGAGCACUCUUGCUCUCGUUGGUGCCCUGGCUGCUAUGUUGUUGUAA